ACAGGUGUGAUUGGAGUUGAUGAUCUCUAAGGUCUUUUCCAACCUAAUGAUUCUAUGAUUCAUGGAGCAAGGAGUCAUCCUGGUCAGCCCCGAUGCUGCUGUGGGGCAGGAAGCCCUUGGGCUCAGUUUUGGCCGCAAUGGGGCCCUCAGGGGUGGUGGAGGACAUUUUAAGAAGAUAAAAGUGAUUUCUUGCCGCUUGUGCUAGUGGGGGGCAGCACAGCCAGAGCCGGGAGGAUUAAAACAAUUUCAUAAUCCUGGUGAUUUCCUUUUGAUCGGGAUUAUGAAACCAAUCACGAAUAUCAAAAGCCACGGCUUAAAGCGGCAGCCGGCGCGGGGCCGGGCCACCCAUGGCUCCCGCAGCACCCCUGGGGACGGCAGCCCCAGCACCCCCAGGGCACAUGGAGGGGGGCUCUCCCCCUGAUUCGCGGCGGGCACUGCGGCCCCUCAAGCAGCACAGCCAAGCCCCAGACCUGCUGGAGCACCACGAAGCCACCCACAGUCCCCAUGCCAUCCUGGAGAGCAAGGUGAAGGCGCUGAAGGAGAAGCGGGGAACCGGCAGGCCAGGGACCCCCACGGCCACCCCAGAGCACUCCUCAUCCAAGAAGCCCCGACCGCGACGGGGAAAGUCGGGCACGGAUGCAGCAGCGGUGGAACCACGGGCUCAGCUCCGCACGUACCUGACGGAUGGGCUACUGAACGGUGGUGGGGAGCCUGCGGCCACCAGCCCCCCAGCGCCCCGAGCCGGCAUCCCGGGGCUCUGGCGGGUGCCGACACCUCGGGGAGAUGUGCCGGGAGGUACCGAGCUGCCACGAGAUGAGAGCAGUGGGUCCCGGGGCUCUGCUUUCUCCCGUGAGAAACCCAAGGAAGAUGAGGCACAAACCUCGCCGCGGGACCAGGGGACUCCAUCUGUAUUGCCCACCACGGUGGAGGGCUGGGAGAGGCUCUCACUGGCCGAACGGGUGGAGAGGAACCGGCGGCUGCUGCAGGAGGUGCUGGGCCUUGCCGUGCUGGAGGUGCCAGCAAGCGAUGGGGACUGGGACACAGGCGUCUCGCUACAGGAUGCCAAAGGCUGCAGGGCCUUUGUCCCCCAGCCGGAGCUGGAGCUGAGCCCGCGGCACGAGCAGGCCAAGCAGCUGCUGCAGCGCGCCCGUAUGAAGGCUCGGACGAACCCCCUGCGUGCCAGCCACGACAUCCUCCUCCUCUCCACUGCUGCUGCCCCGCGCCCCAGGGAGACCAGCGGGAGGCCAAGCAUUGCCCCGCGGGAUGGCGGGAGCCUGAGCGACUCAUCAAGUGGGGAAUCAAGCUGUGGGCGCCCAAGACGGCCCCGGGGACCCUCCCCAUCCCGUGUCCGCUUUGAGGACGAGUCGGUUCGAGACGCUGAAGUGCGAUACCUGGAGCGGCUGCAGCUGCGGCACCGACGGGCACUGGGAUCGGUGUUCUCUUCCUUGGAGCCAGACGAUGGUGGGCAGCCAGGGAACAACGGGGCUGGCCAACCCAAAGCCCGGAGCAGCGACCUCGUGGUUGGGGGCAAGUGCAGUGCUUGUGGCUCUUUCCUCGGUGCCACCACUGGCCGGAGUGUGGAUACACCAGCAGCAACCGACACAGUUGAAAGCAGCCCUGCGGCACAAGGAAGCGUCCCAGGGGACGGCGGGGAGCCGAGCGCUGCCAAGGCAGAGACCAAAACUAGGGCUCUGGGCCCCCGUGGGUCUCCCCUCUGGAUCCUCCCCUCCCGGCAGCGCAUCCACACUGAGAAGAUCAAGGAGACGUACAUUGGGGAUGUCACGUACAUUGAUGAGGUGGACUCAGCUCUGGAGAGCACGGACACCUCCGACAGCUGCCGGACGGACAGUGAGGAGGCAGGACCCCGCAGCCCCCAUGCCCAGGGGCACCGGGACCUCCGGGCUCACGGGCACAGGGCCCCUCGUGCCAGCCCACAACCGGAGACACGGGCUGGGAAGGGGACAUCCGUGUCCAGUGGUGGCCCCAAAGAAGGAGAUGGAGGUUUGGGCUGCACUGCAAGUCGUCCAGGAGCUGUUUGUCCCCUGACACUGAGCAAAGCUGGCAGCCAGGAGCACGGGGAGCUUCACCAGCGUCGGGGGAGCAGUGAGAGGGUGGGAAAUGCUGCUUGUCCCCCGCACAAGACCCCGGACCUCUCCUCGCAGCAAGGGGCCAGCACCCCAAAGCCAGGUGCUCACCUCCCUACUCCCCCUUCCACCAAAAAGGCCUGCUCCCAGGUGCCUUGCAGGAAAGCCCUCUUCUCCGGCAGUGGCCGCCGGGCAUCGAGCCAAGGAGCCAGGGGCCCAGACCCCGACAGUGAAAGCACUGGGCACCCCCAGCCUACCAGGUCAGGGGAGCGACGGGGUCCCUGCAGCCCCAGGUGGCUCCCAGGGAGUCCCCUCCGUGCCUUGUCCACCAACAACUGCAACAACACCCACGGACAGGACGGGCAGGAUGCCCUGGGGAUGGGCAAAGGUAAGAGCCCCAUGCACAGGGUGCCCCAGGGGUCCCCAGCAAGGCAGGGAUGUGACUUCCUCACUGUGGUUACAGGGGCACCGUUGCAGCCCACCGCUGUGCCCAUCACCCCAGUGUCCCAGGAGGCUUCCCCCGGCGAAAGUGCUGGAACCUCUGGAGCACAGCAGCAUCACCCAGCCAGGAGCACAGCACACGGGGACCUGGGGAGGCCAGCAAGCCGCAAGAGCAGCAGUGCCUCAACGUCGGGGCUGAAGAAGCUCCUGUGCAGCCUGAGCCAGAGCACCAAGCAACGCCUGGGCCGCUUCCGCUGCUACAGCAUGGAGCAGCUCCCGGUCCCCGGGAGCACCCCUCCGGAUGGCGCUGGCAUGAAGAAGUCACCCUCCCUGCAGUCCCUGCAGCUGGUGUCACCCUUCUGCCAGCCCCAAAAAGCCUCCUCCAUCCAGAACCUGCGCCCCUUCCUGGGCAAGGCGCCCCGGGCCAACGCCUACCUCCUGCCCCAGACCGCAGCCGACAGGAAGGGGGGCUCAGGGCCACGGCGCUCGCUAAGCGUGGAGGACAUCGGGGUGCCUGGCCGGCUGCGUGCGGUGGGGCGCGUGGUGGAGGUCUUCCCUGAUGGCACCAGUCAGUUGGAGCUGCAGCGACCCCCUCAUGGCGCCUUUGGGUUUUGUGUCACCUCUGGGCACGGACGGCCUGACACAGGUGUCUAUGUGCAGGAGAUGGCGGACGCUGGCACAGCCAAGCUGUACGCGGGGCUCCUGGGCGUCGGGGACGAGAUCCUGCAGGUCAACGGGGCGGCUGUCUCUGGGCUGGGGCUGGCCCGCAUCCGGGAGCUGCUGCUCUGUGAGGACACCCUGUCCCUCCGCGUGCUCAGGCACCGUCCACCACCCCGGUAGCACCAGCAUGGCUCUUGGAAAGCCCAGAGGGAAGAGAAGGACAAUGUCCUGGGAUGCUGCAGGAUGGUGCAAUGUGGACCAAGCUGCCCCACUGCGUUGAGCUCUGCCCUGCUCCGGCGCAAUACAAUACUCGGCUCCCUGCUGCAGUGGAAGCAGGCAGGUUUUCCAGUCCCAGGGAAGCAGAGUGGGACCAAGAACCCUCCCAGAGAGUGUCCAGUGAUUCCAGGAGCUGCCCCGAGUGUGGGGACAGGGACUGCUGCGGAGUCAGGGUGGGUCUGUCCUGUUGGUCACCAAGGUGGCCAGCGCAGGGAUGCCCCAUCCCUGAAUCCCCAGGAGGUGUGUGGUUCCCUGCUGGUGCUGGAACCCUGCGUCCACGGGCUGGUGGGUUUCUGUUAAAUUAUUUCGAACAACAACAAAAAUUAUAUAUAUAUGUAAUCAUAAACCAUGGUGCCCU